UCCCAUGGACCUGGAGCUGGGUCACCGGGUCAGGAUCAUGCUGCCAUCUGGUCGGAUCAGUACCGGAACUAUUCGUUUCCUGGGCUACCUGCAGGGGGAGGCAGAGCUCCACCUUGGGGUGGAGCUGCAGACACCUGAUCAUGGAUUGCAUAACGGUAGCCACAGAGGACACAGCUACUUUGAAUGCAAACCUGGCUACGGUGCCUUUGUACCAUUCCACAAGCUACUGAUGGCCUGGGAAUGACAAAAGCACAGACUGUCAUCAUCACCAUCAUCAUAAUGAAUUCAGAACAGUAGUUACAGCCAUGGAUUUCAGUGAGAUAAAUCUUUGUAUCAAGUUUUGUAUGUCAUGUGUGUCUUAUCUGUUUAUUCACAAUAAUAAAAUAUCAUUUCAUCA